AUGCGCCUAACACUCCACGUCCGCGCUCAUACCGGACCAGAACAUCACAUCGCGCGCGCGCCUCGCUCCACGUCCGCGCGCAUGCCCGGCCAGAACAUAAUUUCGCGUACGCGCCUCGCGCUCCACGUUCGCUCUCAUGCCCGGCCAGAACAUCAUUUCGCGUGCGCGCCACGCGCUCCACGUUCACGCUCAUGCCCGGCCAGAACAUCGCUUCGCGCGCGCCUCGCGCUCUACGUCCGCGCUCAUGACCAGCCAGAACAUCACUUCGCACGCGCGCCUCGCGCUCCACGUCCGCGCUCAUGCCCGGCACGAACAUCACUUUGCGCGCGCGCCUCGCGCUCCACGUCCGCGCUCAUGCCCGGCCAGAACAUCGCCCGCGCGCCUCGUGCUCCACGUCCGCGCUCAUGCCCGGCCAGAACAUCGCCCGCGCGCCGCGUGCUUCACGUCCGCGCGCCGGCCCGGCCAGACCAUCGCCCGCGCGCCUCGUACUCCCCGGCCGCGCUCAUGCCCGGCCAGAACAUCGCCCGCGCGCCUCGUGCUCUACGUCUGCGCUCAUGCCCGGCCAGAACAUCGCUUCGCGCGCGCGCCUCGCGCUCCACGUCCGCGCUCAUGCCCGGCCAGAACAUUGCUUCCCGCGCGCGCCUCGUGCUCCACGACCGCGCUCAUGCCCGACCAGAACAUCGCUUCGCGCGCGUACUCGUGCUCCAUGUCCGCGCUCAUGCCCGGCCAGAACAUCGCUUCGCGCGUGCGCCUCGCGCUCCACGUCCGCGCUCAUGCCCGGCCAGAACAUCGCCCGCGCGCCUCUUGCUCCACGUCCGCGCUCAUGCCCGGCUGGAACAUCGCUACGCGCGCGCGCCUCGCGCUCCACGUCCGCGCUCAUGCCCGGUCAGAACAUCGCUUCGCGCGCGCGCCUCGUGUUCCACGUCCGCGCUCAUGCCCGGCCAGAACAUCGCCCGCGCGCCUCGUGCUCCACGUCCGCGCUCAUGCCCGGCCAGAACAUCGCUCGCGCGCGCGCCUCGUGCUCCACGUCUGCGCUCAUGCCCGGCCAGAACAUCGCUUCGCGCGCGCGCCUCACGCUCCACGUCCGCGCUCAUGCCCGGCCAGAACAUCGCUCACGCGCGUCGUGCUCCACGUCCGCGCUCAUGCCUGGCCAGAACAUCGCUUCGCGCGUGCGCCUCGCGCUCCACGUCCACGCUCAUGCCCGGCCAGAACAUCGCUUCGCGCGCGCGCCUCGCGCUCCACGUCCGCGCUCAUGCCCGACAAGAACAUCGCUUCACGCGCGUGCCUCGUGCUCCAUGUCCGCGCUCAUGCCCGGCCAGAACAUCGCUUCGCGCGCGCGCCUCGCGCUCCACGUCCGCGCUCAUGCCCGGCCAGAACAUCGCUCACGCGCGUCGUGCUCCACGUCCGCGCUCAUGCCUGGCCAGAACAUUGCUUCGCACGCGCGCCUCGCGCUCCACGUCAGCGCUCAUGCCCGGCCAGAACAUCGCCCGCGCGCCUCGUGCUCCACGUCCGCGCUCAUGCCCGGCCAGAACACCGCUUCGCGCGCGCGCCUCGCGCUCCACGUCCGCGCUCAUGCCCGGUCAGAACAUCGCUUCGCGCGCGCGCCUCGUGCUCCAAGUCCGCGCUCAUGCCCGGCCAGAACAUCGCUUCGCGCGUGCGCCUCGCGCUCCACGUCCACGCUCAUGCCCGGCCAGAACAUCGCUUCGCGCGCGCGCCUCGCGCUCCACGUCCGCGCUCAUGCCCGACCAGAACAUCGCUUCACGCGCGUGCCUCGUGCUCCAUGUCCGCGCUCAUGCCCGGCCAGAACAUCGCCCGCGCGCCUCGUGCUCCACGUCUGCGCUCAUGCCCGGCCAGAACAUCGCUUCGGGCGCGCGCCUCGCGCUCCACGUCCGCGCUCAUGCCCGACCAGAACAUCGCUUCACGCGCGUGCCUCGUGCUCCACGUCCUCGCUCAUGCCCGGCCAGAACAUCGCCCGCGCGCCUCGUGCUCCACGUCCUCGCUCAUGCCCGGCCAGAACAUCGCCCGCGCGCCUCGUGCUCCACGUCUGCGCUCAUGCCCGGCCAGAACAUCGCUUCGCGCGCGCGCCUCGCGCUCCACGUCCGCGCUCAUGCCCGGCCAGAACAUCGCUUCGCACGCGCGCCUCGCGCUCCACGUCCGCGCUCAUGCCCGACCAGAACAUCGCUUCACGCGCGUGCCUUGUGCUCCAUGUCCGCGCUCAUGCCCGGCCAGAACAUCGCUUCGCGCGCGCGCCUCGCGCUCCACGUCCGCGCUCAUGCCCGGCCAGAACAUCGCUCACGCGCGUCGUGCUCCACGUCCGCGCUCAUGCCUGGCCAGAACAUCGCUUCGCACGCGCGCCUCGCGCUCCACGUCAGCGCUCAUGCCCGGCCAGAAAAUCGCCCGCGCGCCUCGUGCUCCACGUCCGCGCUCAUGCCCGGCCAGAACAUCGCUUCGCGCGCGCGCCUCGCGCUCCACGUCCGCGCUCAUGCCCGGUCAGAACAUCGCUUCGCGCGCGCGCCUCGUGCUCCACGUCCGCGCUCAUGCCCGGCCAGAACAUCGCUUCGCGCGUGCGCCUCGCGCUCCACGUCCACGCUCAUGCCCGGCCAGAACAUCGCUUCGCGCGCGCGCCUCGCGCUCUACGUCCGCGCUCAUGCCCGACCAGAACAUCGCUUCACGCGCGUGCCUCGUGCUCCAUGUCCGCGCUCAUGCCCGGCCAGAACAUCGCCCGCGCGCCUCGUGCUCAACGUCUGCGCUCAUGCCCGGCCAGAACAUCGCUUCGGGCGCGCGCCUCGCGCUCCACGUCCGCGCUCAUGCCCGACCAGAACAUCGCUUCACGCGCGUGCCUUGUGCUCCACGUCCUCGCUCAUGCCCGGCCAGAACAUCGCCCGCGCGCCUCGUGCUCCACGUCCUCGCUCAUGCCCGGCCAGAACAUCGCCCGCGCGCCUCGUGCUCCACGUCUGCGCUCAUGCCCGGCCAGAACAUCGCUUCGCGCGUGCGCCUCGCGCUCCACGUCCGCGCUCAUGCCCGGCCAGAACAUCGCCCGCUCGCCUCUUGUUCCACGUCCGCGCUCAUGCCCGGCCAGAACAUCGCUUCGCGCGCGCGCCUCGCGCUCCACGUCCGCGCUCAUGCCCGGUCAGAACAUCGCUUCGCGCGCGCGCCUCGUGCUCCACGUCCGCGCUCAUGCCCGGCCAGAACAUCGCCCGCGCGCCUCGUGCUCCACGUCCGCGCUCAUGCCCGGCCAGAACAUCGCUUCGCGCGCGCGCCUCACGCUCCACGUCCGCGCUCAUGCCCGACCAGAACAUCGCUUCGCGCGCGCGCCUCGCGCUCCACAUCCGCGCUCAUGCCCGGCCAGAACAUCGCUCACGCGCGUCGUGCUCCACGUCCGCGCUCAUGCCUGGCCAGAACAUCGCUUCGCACGCGCGCCUCGCGCUCCACGUCAGCGCUCAUGCCCGGCCAGAACAUCGCCCGCGCGCCUCGUGCUCCACGUCCGCGCUCAUGCCCGGCCAGAACAUCGCUUCGCGCGCGCGCCUCGCGCUCCACGUCCGCGCUCAUGCCCGGUCAGAACAUCGCUUGCGCGCGCGCCGCGUGCUCCACGUCCGCGCUCAUGCCCGGCCAGAACAUCGCUUCGCGCGUGCGUCUCGCGCUCCACGUCCACGCUCAUGCCCGGCCAGAACAUCGCUUCGCGCGCGCGCCUCGCGCUCCACGUCCGCGCUCAUGCCCGACCAGAACAUCGCUUCACGCGCGUGCCUCGUGCUCCAUGUCCGCGCUCAUGCCCGGCCAGAACAUCGCCCGCGCGCCUCGUGCUCCAUGUCCGCGCUCAUGCCCGGUCAGAACAUCGCUUCACGCGCGCGCCUCGCGCUCCACGUCCGCGCUCAUGCCCGGCCAGAACAUCGCUCACGCGCGUCGUGCUCCACGUCCGCGCUCAUGCCUGGCCAGAACAUCGCUUCGCACGCGCGCCUCGCGCUCCACGUCAGCGCUCAUGCCCGGCCAGAACAUCGCCGCGGCUCGUGCUCCACGUCCGCGCUCAUGCCCGGCCAGAACAUCGCUUCGCGCGCGCGCCUCGCGCUCCACGUCCGCGCUCAUGCCCGGUCAGAACAUCGCUUCGCGCGCGCGCCUCGUGCUCCACGUCCGCGCUCAUGCCCGGCCAGAACAUCGUUUCGCGCGUGCGCCUCGCGCUCCACGUCCACGCUCAUGCCCGGCCAGAACAUCGCUUCGCGCGCGCGCCUCGCGCUCCACGUCCGCGCUCAUGCCCGACCAGAACAUCGCUUCACGCGCGUGCCUCGUGCUCCAUGUCCGCGCUCAUGCCCGGCCAGAACAUCGCUUCACGCGCGUGCCUCGUGCUCCAUGUCCGCGCUCAUGCCCGGCCAGAACAUCGCUUCGCGCGUGCGCCUCGCGCUCCACGUCAGCGCUCAUGCCCAGCCAGAACAUCGCCCGCGCGCCUCGUGCUCCACGUCCGCGCUCAUGCCCGGCCAGAACAUCGCUUCGCGCGCGCGCCUCGCGCUCCACGUCCGCGCUCAUGCCCGGUCAGAACAUCGCUUCGCGCGCGCGCCUCGUGCUCCACGUCCGCGCUCAUGCCCGGCCAGAACAUCGCUUCGCGCGUGCGCCUCGCGCUCCACGUCCGCGCUCAUGCCCGACCAGAACAUCGCUUCACGCGCGUGCCUCGUGCUCCACGUCCGCGCUCAUGCCCGGCCAGAACAUCGCUUCGCGCGCGCGCCUCGCGCUCCACGUCCGCGCUCAUGCCCGGUCAGAACAUCGCUUCGCGCGCGCGCCUCGUGCUCCACGUCCGCGCUCAUGCCCGGCCAGAACAUCGCUUCGCGCGUGCGCCUCGCGCUCCACGUCCGCGCUCAUGCCCGACCAGAACAUCGCUUCACGCGCGUGCCUCGUGCUCCAUGUCCGCGCUCAUGCCCGGCCGGAACAUCGCUUCACGCGCGUGCCUCGUGCUCCAUGUCCGCGCUCAUGCCCGGCCAGAACAUCGCUUCGCGCGUGCGCCUCGCGCUCCACGUCCGCGCUCAUGCCCGGCCAGAACAUCGCCCGCUCGCCUCUUGUUCCACGUCCGCGCUCAUGCCCGGCCAGAACAUCGCUUCGCGCGCGCGCCUCGCGCUCCACGUCCGCGCUCAUGCCCGGUCAGAACAUCGCUUCGCGCGCGCGCCUCGUGCUCCACGUCCGCGCUCAUGCCCGGCCAGAACAUCGCCCGCGCGCCUCGUGCUCCACGUCUGCGCUCAUGCCCGGCCAGAACAUCGCUUCGCGCGCGCGCCUCACGCUCCACGUCCGCGCUCAUGCCCGACCAGAACAUCGCUUCGCGCGCGCGCCUCGCGCUCCACAUCCGCGCUCAUGCCCGGCCAGAACAUCGCUCACGCGCGUCGUGCUCCACGUCCGCGCUCAUGCCUGGCCAGAACAUCGCUUCGCACGCGCGCCUCGCGCUCCACGUCAGCGCUCAUGCCCGGCCAGAACAUCGCCCGCGCGCCUCGUGCUCCACGUCCGCGCUCAUGCCCGGCCAGAACAUCGCUUCGCGCGCGCGCCUCGCGCUCCACGUCCGCGCUCAUGCCCGGUCAGAACAUCGCUUCGCGCGCGCGCCUCGUGCUCCACGUCCGCGCUCAUGCCCGGCCAGAACAUCGCUUCGCGCGUGCGUCUCGCGCUCCACGUCCACGCUCAUGCCCGGCCAGAACAUCGCUUCGCGCGCGCGCCUCGCGCUCCACGUCCGCGCUCAUGCCCGACCAGAACAUCGCUUCACGCGCGUGCCUCGUGCUCCAUGUCCGCGCUCAUGCCCGGCCAGAACAUCGCCCGCGCGCCUCGUGCUCCAUGUCCGCGCUCAUGCCCGGUCAGAACAUCGCUUCACGCGCGCGCCUCGCGCUCCACGUCCGCGCUCAUGCCCGGCCAGAACAUCGCUCACGCGCGUCGUGCUCCACGUCCGCGCUCAUGCCUGGCCAGAACAUCGCUUCGCACGCGCGCCUCGCGCUCCACGUCAGCGCUCAUGCCCGGCCAGAACAUCGCUCGUGCUCCACGUCCGCGCUCAUGCCCGGCCAGAACAUCGCUUCGCGCGCGCGCCUCGCGCUCCACGUCCGCGCUCAUGCCCGGUCAGAACAUCGCUUCGCGCGCGCGCCUCGUGCUCCACGUCCGCGCUCAUGCCCGGCCAGAACAUCGUUUCGCGCGUGCGCCUCGCGCUCCACGUCCACGCUCAUGCCCGGCCAGAACAUCGCUUCGCGCGCGCGCCUCGCGCUCCACGUCCGCGCUCAUGCCCGACCAGAACAUCGCUUCACGCGCGUGCCUCGUGCUCCAUGUCCGCGCUCAUGCCCGGCCAGAACAUCGCUUCACGCGCGUGCCUCGUGCUCCAUGUCCGCGCUCAUGCCCGGCCAGAACAUCGCUUCGCGCGUGCGCCUCGCGCUCCACGUCAGCGCUCAUGCCCAGCCAGAACAUCGCCCGCGCGCCUCGUGCUCCACGUCCGCGCUCAUGCCCGGCCAGAACAUCGCUUCGCGCGCGCGCCUCGCGCUCCACGUCCGCGCUCAUGCCCGGUCAGAACAUCGCUUCGCGCGCGCGCCUCGUGCUCCACGUCCGCGCUCAUGCCCGGCCAGAACAUCGCUUCGCGCGUGCGCCUCGCGCUCCACGUCCGCGCUCAUGCCCGACCAGAACAUCGCUUCACGCGCGUGCCUCGUGCUCCACGUCCGCGCUCAUGCCCGGCCAGAACAUCGCUUCACGCGCGCGCCUCGCGCUCCACGUCCGCGCUCAUGCCCGGCCAGAACAUCGCUUCGCGCGCGCGCCUUGCGCUCCACGUCCGCGCUCAUGCCCGGCCAGAACAUCGCUUCGCGCGUGCGCCGCGCGCUCCACGUCCGCGCUCAUGCCCGACCAGAACAUCGCUUCACGCGCGCGCCUCGCGCUCCACGUCCGCGCUCAUGCCCGGCCGGAACAUCGCUUCACGCGCGCGCCUCGUGCUCCACGUCCGCGCUCAUGCCCGGCCAGAACAUCGCUUCGCGCGUGCGCCUCGCGCUCCACGUCCGCGCUCAUGCCCGGCCAGAACAUCGCUUCCGCGCGCCUCGCGCUCCACGUCCGCGCUCAUGCCCGGCCAUAACAUCACUUUGUGCGCGCGCCUAA